AUGCCGCACGACAAACGGCCAAGUAAUAAGCCAGUUUUGGCCGAAGCAUCAGGAAAUACUUUCUUGAUUUUUGAUUAUUUAGACAAAGAGGAACAUAAUUUUGAUGAAAAUAUUAUUCGUUAUUAUCAUCGACUUUAUGGUUUCGAAAAAAUUGAUUCUUGCCUAGUUCUUACCAAAGCUAAGGAACAAUUUGACUCUGCUCAGGUUGGCAACCCGGACUCUACUUUGUUUAUGAGGAUGUAUGUUUAUGAACCCGGAGAUGGGUUUUGUGGUAAUGGGGCUCGGGUCGUUGCCAAAUAUUGUUUCAGCCAUUAUAAUAAUAUUUGGAGCAGAUUCUUUAUUGUCUUAGAUGGUCAGCUUCAUGAACUGCUUCAAAGGGGCAAUGAAUAUUCCGUAGAAAUGGGUAAAUCGGUAUAUGAAGAUUUAACUGGAGAUUUUGUUAAGAAGGGAGCUUUGGAUACUAACGGAAAAUUAAUUUUGGAUGGAAUUACGUGGUAUUACGUCAAUACCUCGGAACCUCAUUUGGUUACUUUUGACGAAAUUGACGACAAGAAAUUAAUCAACAUCGGCGAUUCCUUGAAUCAGGAUAUGGACCAAUUCCGAAUUGGAAUUAAUCUCAAUAGAGUAUCAAUUCUCGGGAAAUCCGCCAUUAAUGCCUUGACAUUUGAGCGAGGUAUCAAUCGGUUGACUAAAGCCUGUGGAAGUGGUUCAACUAGUUGUGUUGCCUUGGCGAAACGAUUAAGAUUAAUAGAUGAUGCGAAAAAGGUUGUAGUCAAAGUGCGUGGAGGGUAUGUAGUUGUUACUAAUGAAGAGAACAAAAUUUACCUAAGUGGUCCAUGUUGGGUGGAUGGUAUAGAUAGUAUUGAAAUUCAUCCAGAAUCAAAAAUUUAA